UAAUCCAUUGAAUGCAGUUCAUUCGGCCUUCACCAUUAAGGCGGACUUUCCUUAAAUCAUUCAUUUUUCCGGCCUCUCUAUUGAAGGGCACCAGCUUGCUUGAAAUCAUGGGAGGACACGACGCUGGAACUCACCACCAGUUCACUGGCAUCGCCAAGUACUUCAACUCGUACACAAUCACAGGCAGGAGGAAUUGUGUGUUAGCCACAUACGCCAGUAUUGCUGCAAUUAUCCUCUUCUUUAAACUGAAGCCCAAGAAGCAGAAGGCCGUGAAAUCAAGUUAAUUUAUAGAUGUCUUGUGAUGAAACUAGGUGUGUGGGAAGCUGGAUGUCCUUGUUUUGACCUCAUCACUUAAGUUCAACUAUGUAAAGAAUAAUAAUAAAGAAAAAAAAAAUAUCACUUACACCAAACAAA